AAGGAUAUCUGCCAUAAGUAUGACCGAAAGGUCCACAGAACUGAACCCAGAAGCAAUGAUAUCUAUCUUCGUCUGUUGGUGAAACUUUACAGAUUUCUGGCUCGAAGAACUAAUGCAGGUUUUAACAAAGUUGUAUUAAAACGUUUAUUUAUGAGUCGUAUGCACAGACCACCAAUUGCUCUCUCAAGAUUGGCCAAGUAUGCUUCGAAACCAGGAAGAGAAGGUAAAAUAGCUGUUGUCGUGGGAACAGUCACUGAUGAUGUUAGAUUAAUGGCCUGUCCUAAAUUAACAGUCUGUGCUCUUAGAAUAACAGAAAGGGCACGUGCACGAAUCCUGAAGGCUGGUGGUGAAAUUAUUACCUUUGAUCAGUUGGCACUGAGAUCACCGAAAGGUCAAAAUACUGUCCUUAUUCAAGGAAUUCGACAAGCUCGUGGAGCUAACAGACAUUUUGGUCUUGCACCUGGUGUUCCUGGCAGCCACUCUAAACCAUUAGUCAGAGCUAAGGGACGUAAAUUUGAGAAAGCAAGAGGAAAGAGACAUAGUCGUGGUUACAAGAACUAAGCUUCUGUUUAUAAUAUCAUUAAAAUACAGACAGCUACA